AUGGCCGCCACCGCCACCGCCACCGCCACCACUUCUUCUUGCAUGUCACUCACGUGCAGCGACCCUGACCGUAUCAGAACCUCUUUUCACUACUCUCGCAGAAUCAACAACUAUUCGAUUUCGUCUUUCCAUCUCAACAACAACAACAACAACAACACUAACACUCUCUUUCGAUCCAUUUCGCACAUACCAAAACCUAUUCGUUCCGGUAAAACAAUGGCAGUAGCUUUGGAACCUGCCCAAGAGGUAACAACAAAGAAAAAACUUCCUACAAAGCAAAGACGAGUAGUUGUGACAGGGUUGGGUGUGGUUACACCACUUGGUCAUGAUCCAGAUGUCUUCUACAAUAAUCUACUCAAUGGUGUUAGUGGUAUAAGUGAGAUUGAGAAUUUUGAUUGUGCAGAAUUUCCAACAAGGAUUGCUGGCGAAAUUAAGUCUUUUUCAACUGACGGUUGGGUAGCACCAAAGUUUUCAAAGAGAAUGGAUAAAUUUAUGCUCUAUCUGCUAGCAGCUGGAAAAAAAGCAUUGAUUAAUGCUGGAAUUACUGGAGAUGUGAUGGACGAGUUAGAGAAAACCAAAUGUGGAGUUUUAAUUGGCUCAGCAUUAGGUGGCAUGAAGGUUAUUAGUGAUUCCAUUGAAGCAUUACGGAUAUCAUAUAGGAAGAUGAAUCCUUUUUGUAUUCCUUUUGCAACAACAAAUAUGGGUUCUGCCAUGCUUGCAAUGGAUCUGGGAUGGAUGGGCCCUAAUUAUUCUAUCUCUACAGCUUGUGCAACAAGUAACCAUUGUAUAUUGAAUGCGGCAAAUCAUAUCAUCAGAGGUGAAGCAGAUGUGAUGCUUUGUGGUGGCUCAGACUCUGCUAUUAUACCAAUAGGUUUGGGAGGCUUUGUGGCAUGCAGGGCACUCUCGCAACAGAAUACUGAUCCUUCUAAAGCGUCACGCCCUUGGGAUACUAAUCGUGAUGGGUUUGUCAUGGGUGAAGGGGCUGGUGUUUUGGUUUUAGAAGAAUUGGAGCAUGCUAAGAAAAGAGGUGCAGACAUAUAUGCAGAAUUUUUAGGUGGAAGUUUCACCUGCGAUGCGUAUCACGUGACUGAACCACAUCCUGAUGGGGCUGGUGUAAUACUUUGCAUUGAAAGGGCAUUAGUUCAGUCUGGAGUUUCAAAAGAGGAUGUGAAUUACAUAAAUGCUCAUGCCACAUCAACACCAGCCGGUGAUCUUAAGGAGUACCAAGCUCUGAUUCAUUGUUUCGGUCAAAACCCCGAGCUUAGAGUGAAUUCUACCAAAUCUAUGAUCGGUCAUCUACUAGGUGCAUCUGGUGGCGUAGAAGCUGUAGCAACAGUACAGGCAAUCAGGACAGGGUGGGUUCAUCCUAAUAUCAACCUAGAAAACCCAGAUAAAGAUGUGGACACUAAAGUGCUUGUAGGCCCAACAAAAGAGAGACUGAAAAUCAAAGCUGCCUUAUCUAAUUCAUUUGGAUUUGGGGGACACAAUUCUUCAAUUGUAUUUGCCCCUUAUAAGUGA